GUAAUUUUUGUUUCUAUUAAUUAUUUGAACCAGAACUUCAAAAUACCCCAGCAAGAUUUUCACAAACUACUGGUUCGAUUAAAACUUCAAGUGGAUCCCCAUCUUUAUUUGGAACAUCAUCCACAAGUGUCAAACUUCAACAACAACUUCAUUCUGCUUCGAAUACACCAAAGGUUCUUUCGACACCUAAACCUUUAUCAACAAAAGAUUUAACUAAAGUAGUUGAUGCGAAUCCUUUUAAUAUGGAAGAUUUGGUUACUCCUUUGGAUGAAGAUGAAAUUGUUAAUUUGGAACCGGUUAAAAUUGGGUCGACUGUUGCGGUUUCUAGUCCAUUAAAUUCUCCUCCUGCUGAUUUGGAUGAUUUGGAAGAAUUCCCGCCUUUGAAAAAUUCUACGAGUUGAAAAUAUUUUGUGUUGGCAGCUAUAUUUUGUGUAUAAUUUU